AUGGAAAUUAAUGAUAGUUACAGAUUUGCAUUUGAUAAACCCUUAUUUAAUAAAGCUGCUGUCCAUAACGAAGCUGCUGCUUUUAAUGAAACUAUCGCCUAUAAAAAAACUGUUGCCCUUAAUGAAACCACCACCUAUAAUGAAUUUGCUGCUUUUAAUGAAACCGCCAGCUAUAACAAAGUUGCCACCUUUAACGAAGCUGCUGCUUACAGUGAAGCUGCUGUUCGCAAUAAAGCUGCUACACUUAAUGAGGUUAUACUUAAUGAAUAUGGGUUUGACAAACCUGUGUCUAAUAAACUUGAUAGCAGUGAAGAAACAUGA